CACCCAGGCUGCUCUGGAGCUCUGACCCAGGAAUGAGCUUCCCAAGAAACCCUCCUGACAUGAAGUCAGGCUGCUUGCUGAAUCCCACCACCCGCUGCCAGGAGCAGCUACCAGGAGAGCCCUGAGGAGCAGCCACUCAGUGGCGUCUGACACGUGGGUCCACCAUGAACUGGGGGAUCUUCGAGGGAAUCCUGAGCGGGGUCAACAAGUACUCCACAGCCUUUGGGCGCAUCUGGCUGUCCCUGGUCUUCAUCUUCCGCUUGCUGGUCUACCUGGUGACGGCCGAGCGAGUGUGGAGUGAUGACCACAAGGACUUCGACUGCAACACCCGCCAGCCCGGUUGCUCCAACGUCUGCUUCGACCAGUUCUUCCCCGUGUCCCACGUGCGCCUCUGGGCCCUGCAGCUCAUCCUGGUCACCUGCCCCUCGCUGCUCGUGGUCAUGCACGUGGCCUACCGGGAGGCCCGGGAGAAGAAGUACCGGGAGACAGCUGGGGAGGGCGGCGGGCGCCUCUACCUGAACCCCGGCAAGAAGCGGGGCGGGCUGUGGUGGACCUAUGUCUGCAGCCUGGUGUUCAAGGCCGGCGUGGACGCCGCCUUCCUCUACGUGUUCCACUCCUUCUACCCCAAAUACACCCUCCCUCCCGUGGUCAAGUGCCACGCGGCCCCCUGUCCCAACACAGUGGACUGCUUCAUCUCCAAGCCCUCGGAGAAGAACAUCUUCACUUUCUUCAUGGUGGCCACGGCCGUCGUCUGCAUCCUGCUCAAUCUCGUGGAGCUGGCCUACCUGGUGAACAAGAGGUGUCGUGAGUGCCUGGCAGCGCGCAGAGCAAGGGCCACACACAAGGGUCAUCACCCGGACUGUGUCACCUCGAAAGACCUCCUCUCGGACGACCUCAUCUAUCUGGGCUCAGACCCUCACCCGCCUCUCUUGCCAGACCACCCCCAAGACUACGCAAAGAAAACCAUCCUGUGAGGAACGGGCUGGACGGGACUGGCAGGGAGCCCUGGGUCGGAAAGUUCCAGCAUCUCUCAUGGAUGGGGGCAAAGGGAGGAUUCAGAAGGCCUGGGAUCCGGUCCCUACCCCCCAACUCUGGCCACUGCUCCAGCAGGUGGCCUUAGGCACAUCUAAAGAUCCUGAGGGCCACCUCCCAGGACCAUAGUGAGGAGGGGUGUCAAAGGAGAUCAGAAAGGCCAGCCACCCCCCCCAUGCGCAUGGCCCACCAACAAGGCUUAAUAAAGGUCAAUGCAUUCAUUGAUUUAAGGUA